AUGGAGCAGUCCAAAAAGAAUACUUCGACUACGGUGCAGGGGAGGGAUACCCCAGUACCGGCGCUCAGGGGUGAGAAAGCGGGCCCCGAGGCGUCGUUAUCCGACAACCGCAGCGCUAUGGUGGUGGCUGACCUGGCCAACAUAGUGUACAAUGCAACAGGCAGCAAGGUGGCGGAUCCUCCUACCCAAGAAGAUAUCUGGGGAAAACUGAAGGAGGUUGACGGAGUGGAAGUCGCCCAAUUGACGCGAAUGCGUCAAGUCCUGGAUGCGAUGAAGGCGGCGACAGAGAAGCAGAGAAAUAUCGCCAAUCCCGUCAAAGAGGGCAUCCCCCGCCUUGGCGAGCUGGUUGAUCUGCUCUGCUUCAGUACGAUGACGCGCUGCAAAGCGCUUAGGGCGCUUGAAACUUCGGCGCCCAUGUACCCGGCAACACCACCUCCUUGUACUCCGGCCGUUGCAACGCCCUCUCAAAAGAGGGCGAGGGCAACCCUCUCCAGCCCGGAGGAAAAGGAGGAGGAAAAGAGGAGGAAAAAGAGGGCCCAGGGGUCGGAGUCCUGGGCCACGGUCGUAAAGAAGAAAAAGGGAAAGGACGCCUCCGUUAGCCAGAGCGUGCCCCAAAAGGGCAAGGAGCCAAAAACCCCGUCCGCACCACAGAAGGGCGGGAACAAGAGAAAGGUGCCGGUGAAAAACCCGGCAACUAAGCCGAAGCCGGCGGAAGCGCCGGACCCAGCUAAAAAGAGGAAGAAGAAGAAGAAAAGGAAGAACCGACCGCGCUCCCACAGGAGCGCGGUGGUAGUCAAGCCCGCGGAUGGUAAGAGUUACGCGGAAGUCAUCGGGGUAAUCCGCACGAUCGUGCGCCCCGAGGAAUCCGAGACAGUAAUCCGCACCGUCCGGAAAACGAGGGUGGGAGCAAUCCUCCUCGAGCUGGAACGUUGCGGAAACCAGGCCGCCCUCCAAACGGCGAUCCAGGAGGCCGUAGGGCAGUCCGGGGAGACCAGGAUCCUCACCAGCCGUGUUCGGCUAGAGGUCCUGGACAUAGACUGCCUCGCCACUUCCGCGGAAGUGGAGGAAGCGGUGCGGCACGAACUCGGUGACGACAUGAGCGGUCAGCUGAAGGUCGCCGUUUCCGCGCCAAACGCGCGUGAGAUGCGGAUGGCGGUCGUCGAGCUCGACGAUAUGCCGGGCCGAAAGCUCCUAGAAAAGGGGAAGCUGCGCGUCGGCUGGAUCCGUUGCCGUCUACGGCAGCGGACGGAGGUGCAGCGCUGCUUCCGGUGCCUUGGAUUCGGCCACCGGAAGCAGGAGUGCAAGGGGCCGGAACGCAGCGGCCUCUGUUGGAAGUGCGGUCAACAGGGGCACAAGGCGACCGCUUGCACCACCAAACCGCGCUGCUUCCUCUGCUCCGAUGGCGCAGAGGGCGCACAGCCCCCGGAGCACGUUCCAGGCUGUCGUGUAUGA